CCGUCACUUUAUAGUCAAACAGCUACCCCGUGUGAAUAAGGCGGUGUGCCAGGUGAAUCGUUGUAUACAAUUAGAUUUCUUUCAAAUGAUAAUUGUUGACGUGCGUUUGAAAUGAAAACGAUUUAUUGAGUUAAGGGCUAAAGAGCUUAACCUAUGUAUAGUAUAUUUUAUUUUUCUGUGAUUUAUUGUUUAUAUUGUAUGUGUAUUGUACCGAUACUAAGAUUCACCUUAUACGAGCUUUAUAUAGGCAAUAAAUUAAAAUUAUUUUGUUUUUUUUUUUAUAUUGAGAUAAUUCGUAGGUAAAAUACUUAAUAUUUUACAGUAAUUAAGUUAUGAGCGCAGAAAUCAAAUUUAAAUGUACAAUGUAAUUUCAUCGAGUUUUUUAUAAUGGCGUAAGUAGAUUGUCAAUUAGACUUAUUGUUUUCAAGUUAUGGCCAUUUAAAGUUGUAUCAUUUAUCGUAGUACUUACAUCCAAGGUGUAUGAAUACUAGUUCACGGCUACGUCGUCUGUCAUGUGUUUUGACUGUAAUACCUACAGGUUCAGACUUCAGACUCGGGUUAAGAUUAUUAACAGGGGCUGUAAAAAUACAUCUUAAUAUCUUGUUCAAAUUGGGAAAAAUAUUUUUAUUCAUUUCUGUUAUCCAAUAUCCAAUACGUUUUUAGCAUUCUAUUGCCAGCACAAGAAAUUCAGAUUAAAUCCUUAAUAUUGGAUACAGAUCAUUCCGGAAGGGGAUAUAUUUAUCGUAUUUUCAAAGUCUUCUGAUGAAUGUUUAUUACUCAAAGGUACACUCAAGAGAUUAAAUAAUGGUUCAACAGUAGCAACGAGUUUUAUUCUUUCAAUUGUUCGGAAGUUAAUGUCGUCAGAGUGCGCAUGCCGAACUUGGUAAAACAUUGUAUAAUAAAAUUCUUUGUACGCUGAAUGCCGAUUUAUAUUCCUGCUUGUUAUGUUUUUCUCCGUGUACACAAUUAUAGUACACAAUGCAUAUACAUAGUGUAAUAUUCCAAUAAUCACAUACCAUAUCAAUAUGGCAGUUAAUUAUAAUGAAAUAAAACAAUAAAAAAAAAAAACCUAGAAACUAUUAUUUUUGCCGACUUGGUUCGUUAAAUUUCCGAUUAGGAAAUCUAAUUACCAAGUUCGGUGGGGUCUCACAAUGUAUCCCGCAACACCGGCCCUGUCUGUAAUCUUAGACGAGCUCCCCGGGACACCAAAAAUGUAGUCACUUUAACUAUUAAGUAAUCUGUUAAUCUUAAAUCGGGGACAAUUUGUGAUACAUAGAUAUUAAUUAUUCAAUUAUUGUUAAUUUUCGAGAAAUAAGAAGGUCAGUCGAUAGUAAAUCAUCAACGUAGCGUUGUUUAUAAUUGUUGAAAUAUAAUUUAGACGAGUACAUAUUUCCGGUUUUAUCGAUGAUAUUACAUUAUUGUAAAAUGUGUAAUGGUUUAACAUAAAACAAUAAUUAUAAUAAUAUUGAAUACGACAAUUAUAAUAAUUGAUUUUUUUUCGAGUUAACAAAAUGGUGUUGGGUAUUCAAAUAAAAAUAAAUCGUAGGUUUAUUGUAAUUAAACAAAUCAAGUAUUUAUCUUGACUUUUUUUAUAAUUGGCGGAGAUUAAAAUAGGAAUAAAUUCAUCUAACGAGCGGUAAUUAUAUUGUGAUAUUUUUUUAAUUUAUUAUUCGCAUAUUUGACCUAUCUAUUAAAAAUAAAAAUUGAUAGAGGUGGUAAAAAGUGGGGAUAUUUAGUGAAAGACUAUAUUACUAUACGAUUAUGUUCAUUUCAUUAAAAAUAAAUAAUAAUGUUAACAAUAUUUAAUCUAUUAUGAUCUGCUAAUAUUGCGAAUAAUACCUACUCGCAAGACAGCAGGCAACUUCAAAAGCGGACCGUGAACGAACAUAAGCAUUGAUGACUUCUGCAUAUCAACGAAUGAAGGAAAAAUUAAAUUACUUACAUUGUACACGAAUCUACAAUUAAUAUAGUCAAUAAUAUAUGUCUCGGUGUGUGAAGAAGCGGAAAAUGGUCUUGGUCGAUCCACUCAGAAUCAUAACAUAAGGUACGAGCCGGGAAUGACAAGAUUUGAUAUCGUUCGGUUCGGCACAAAUAAAGCACCUUGGUGAUGGUGCUUUAUGGCACAUAUAAUAUGUAAAUAUGAUGGUCAUGAAUGAGAAUAACUCGAGAUUUGUGUGACCAUACGGUUGUGGACAGUGAAUAAGUGUCAAUAGAUUCUGAUAAAGUAAUAAAUAACAAUAUAAAUAACGUGCUACAUUGUUAUCAUUAAUAAUAAUUAGUGGAAAUUUAAAUAAUAGUUUUCUCUCUCGUUAUCCGCGUCGCACACACUAUUCGCCGAUCCGCGAGCGCAAAUAUUACAUAAUAAUUAUUACAAAACCAUUCCGUUUGUCGUUGUAUUUGAUUUGAUCGGUGUCUGCCGUUCGAGUGUACCGGUACACAUAUAACAUACAAGAUUGUUGUUUCUCUACGUUGAUUGUUACUUCAAAAUGAUUUCGAUGGGGUUCCAUACGUUGGUCUACCUAAUGUAUACUGCAGUGUUCAUCGUGUCACUGGUCGGCAACGGGCUAGUAUGCUAUGUGGUCAUGUCCUCGACGCAAAUGCAAUCGGCGACCAACAUGUUCAUCGUGAACAUGGCCGUCGGUGACCUGGUCAUGACUCUGUUCUGCGUUCCCUUCCCGUUUGUCACCUCGUUCCUGUUGCAGUAUUGGCCGCUGGAAAACUACGUGUGCCAAACCUUCACAUUCGGCAAAAUCGUUGCCGUGUUGGUGAGUGCAUAUACUUUGGUGGCCAUCAGCGUCAACAGGUAUAUAGCGAUUAUGUGGCCAUUGAAACAAAGAACUAGAAAGCACCAGGCUAAAUACAUAAUAGCAUUAGUUUGGAUAAUGUCUGUCAUUACAUCGUUUCCUUUUUUACUCGCUACUUCGUUAGAUCAGAGAUACGACAUUUACUUUUGCUCCGACAAAUGGCCAAGUGAAUACUUCCGGCGUCUCUUUAAUGCAGCAUUAUUUAUACUGCAAUGUUGUAUUCCAUUUGCCGUCCUGUUGUUUACUAAUGUUCACAUUGGGAUUGUCGUGUGGGGUAAAAUACCUCCUGGCGAGGCACAAAACUCCAGAGACAUUAAGAUGGCCAAGUCAAUAAGAAAAAUGAUAAAAAUGAUGUCAACCGUGGUCAUAGCAUUCAUCGUUUGUUGGCUGCCAUAUGAUAUCCUUUUGGUGUUGAGGGCGUAUGGGAUGUCGCUGCGAGCGUGGAGCAACCAGCCGUACGUGUGGUUCGCGUUCCACUGGCUGGCCAUAUCGCACACCUGUUACAACCCUCUGAUCUACUUCUGCAUGAACACCCGGUACCGGGCCGGUUUCGUGUCGGCCCUGCGCAACGUGCCGGGACUCGGUUACGUGCAGGCCAGACGCGACGGCGACGAGGUGCCGGACGCCGAACGGCUGCGCGCGCCGUCCGAGGUUUUCGUCUGACAGUUUUUGGACGCGCGUCUCUGCCGAUUUUCGUAUCGAAUAAUAUACUACUUAGUACCUAUCAAUGUUAUGACGUCACAAGUUUUCCGAGUACGUGAAAGACUCCAAAGUUCGGCGUAAAAGAUAUUACUUCCAUGGACCUUGAAGUCUACGGAUAUUGCCAUAUGAGUGUCGCGUGUACCUGUUUGCAACGCUCAAAAAACCAAAAUGCUGUAUAUUUUUAAAAAUUUUUUUUUAUAAAUAAAUUGUCGUGUAUCGUUGUGUCUAAUGAACUGUUCAGGAGCUGGGAAUAAUAAAGUGUAUAUACUUCAAAAGUGUUUAAGACUUACCCGAGCUCCGCGACACUGCAGCUUUGUGGGAUCGUAAUUUUUAUUGAUAUAAUAAUAAUAAUUAUUGUUAAAUAACUAUAAGUUGUACUUUAGAAAUUAAUUACUAUGCACAUCAUCAUCAACACUGUAUUCGUUUAUAUUAGCAUACACCCGGUCACAUUGACGGGUAUCAGGCAAUCAGUGGCGAAA